GCUGCUAUAAGAGCCCUCCCUGUCAUGAAGACAAUCACACUGGAUGGACCACCUUAUGGGGACGUGUCUAAACAAACUGGGGACUGCUGCUGGCUGAAGCUUGGAGUUACAGCGACUUUUACGCACGGCUCUUCUGUGCAUGCAGCUGCUUUCUACUUGAGAAUCCGGGAUUGAAUGUUCCCCUGUCAAACCACCUAUCAUGGCUUUCACUAUGCUGCGGCCGGUGUCGACUCAUCCCUUCUCUUAUCCCGCUGACCUGACCUUGAUUUCGGAUGACGAGGAGGGCAACCGCAGCGAGAGCGACGGCAGCACCGACCAGAGUUAUGGUUGCUGCGGGACUCCGGGGGAAAGUUACCGGCAGGAGUCCGGCGGCGUGGUGCGGCAGCGGAACGCUGCAAAUGCCAGGGAGAGAUACCGGACCCAGAACGUCAACACGGCCUUCACGGCGCUGCGGACACUCAUCCCCACGGAACCAGUGGACAGGAAACUCUCCAAAAUCGAGACGCUGCGCCUGGCGUCCAGCUAUAUCGCGCACUUGGCAAACGUGCUGGUGGUCGGGGACGGGAGGGAGGACGGCCAGCCGUGCCUCAGUGCGGUCUACAAGGAGGUGAAGGGGAGUGGAGAAGGAAAACAGCCCCGGACUAUCUGCACAUUCUGCCUCAGCAACCAACGGAAAGGGGUAAAAGACAGACGAAACUGUGUGAAAAUGCACGGAAGCAGUGCGAGACAAAUAAGUCGACGAUGAAACUGACUUGGAGUGGGGUUGGAUCUCUUCAGAGCAGACCUCCACCGAACCAUUCCUAGAGUCUAGAAGCAUCUCAGCACCACAAACAGUCAUUCAGGAUGACCCUGGCUUCUGGAGUUCGGCUUAGCAGUCUCUUUACCCAGUACCCAGAUAAGAGCACUGGCACCAAAACCAUCUGUGUGUCACCAGCAAGAGUGCUACCUAAUGUCACAGAGAGUAAAGCUCAUCUACAGUGAUGUUCUUUUCACGCUAAUGACACACAUGUAAAGGGGAUUGUUAAAACAGACAUGCAGUCAGAUUCUACACGUUGAACUGUCUUUCAGGAGCAGAGUCUCUCUUGGCCUGAGUCUCUAAGCAUCAUUUUCUGAUUCAAACAGGAAGUGAGGAAAUGUUUACUGCAGUUUGAAAUCUACAGGCCACACAGUAAACAAUAUCCUGUUUUGGAUCUCUCAGUAUGAAUAAUGUUUUACACCUAUUAUAACUUAAAGGCACAAUCCAUAAUCCAAAUGUGAAUAAAAGAAUAUCUUCAUCAUUCAAAUUUAUAACAAUCACUUGUUUACUUCAAUAUUUAUGAAAUUACAGCUGAUUUAUUUGAACUGAUCAUGCCAAAGCAUCAGCAUGACUGGUGAACAGACGAAUCCAUAAGAGACACAGAGAUGCUUUUGGUGCCUCUCCCCUUACAUCCUGUAUUGGGUCAGGGACUGGCGAGACACAGAAGGUUGCGUUGUUCUUUAAGAUGAUUUCAGGAAGUGUGGCUCACAAACAGACUCGCUGCCUUCAGCAGAGCAGCUUCAAGAAUCACGUGUGAGAGGAUGGACGCCUAAGCUGGUGUUGUCAAGUCAAGUUGUGUGAAACAGGACUUAUCUGUGGGACACUUUUCAGUUUGCUUUUUAAUGACAUGUUGUAAUCUACUUUGAAAUUAAAUUUAUUUUUACAUA